AUGGUGUCCUGGGUCGUGCUGGAAGAAAUGAAGAUCCCCUAUGUCAUGGAUACUACGCCGCUGAGGGCUUACUUGAGGCCCGGCGAGAAGAAGCGGCAACGUCUGGUACCGGUCAUUCAGCUGUGGGACCAGGAGAGGAGCGGAAGCGGAAGCUCCUGGGUCUUUCAGGCGGCAAUGCGAGAUGUGGGCCGCGGGGAGCAGGUCUGUGCGAUGCUGGCAGAACGGUUUGGAGCAAAGAGUCCUUGGCCGAAAGCGAGGCCUGAGUGGCUGCAGCUCUUCUCCCAGCUGCAGAAGGCCCACUCAGCAUACAAGCGGCUGCCGGGAGGAAAGCCAACUUGGGGCGUGUCUCCGUCCCAUGGUCCGAAGGAAGAGGAGCACCUUGCUUCUGCCUUGGAUGCUUUGGAAGAGGCCUUGGGCGCCAGCGAGGGCUCGUUUCUGGGCGCCGCGCGCCCUCACAUGGUCGAUCUCAUGCUCCUGCCCAUCUUGGAGCGGGUAGAAGCUCUGCUGUUGCACCCAUUCCUGGCCUCCGGGCCGCGUCUGUCAAACUGGGCAUCCGUAUCUGAGAUGCUGUCGACCGGUCGGCGGCCGGGCAUCUGCUCCUUUGGUGAGUUGUGCAGCGAUGCGGAGACACUCCUAGCCAUCUCCCUGCGAGAGGACCCAGGCCGCACAUCAGCCAUGCCGCUGCCCAGAAACGCCAUCCUGAGUCCCGCGCUCUCAGUGUUGGAGGCAGCCGAGGCUGCAGCUCAACAUUCGCAAGAGGCCUGCAGAGAGGCGGCUGCACGCAUCUGCAGCAACCACAGUGCCAUCGUCUCCUUCGCGUGCUGUGGUCGAGGAUGCGGCCGUAGAACAGUCGAAGCCAGGAAGAUGGCAGAAGGUUAUCCUGGCCACAACCCAGAGGUGGACUUGGCUUUGCGGCAGGUUGUGGAGUCCUUGCUACGAGCCUCUUGCAGAGAUGCGUACCCUUCAGAGCUCGAGUCGGCAGCGCGGCGUGCCGCUCGAUCCUCUGCAGCGGCACUGGCGCUGGCACCGCUCCGCUUCCUUUCCCAGAACAUCGGCGUACCACGGGACAUGGCAGCGCUGCCGGCCGGUGCCCUCCGGGCGCACCUUCGCCUUCACCUCGCAGCUUGCGAAAACCAGCUGCAGGGCCUUGGCGGCCUGGGCCAAGCGGCCAGAGCCAGGCCGCGCCUCAGCCGGCCAGGGCGGCCAGGAAGGCCCCCGGAGCGGCAAGGCGAAACACCAGCAGCAUCGGCAGCGGCACCGUCGCGGCGGCCGUCGUCGCAGUCACGGAACCUGGGGCGUCGCCCCAACCGGCGGCCUGGCCCUGACGAGCAGCGCUCAGUGGCGAGCUUGUCUGCAGGUUUCGGUCGCCAGGGCAAAAAGGUGCGCAGGCAGCAUGCGAUUGGCAUGUCGUGGUGGAUCAACAGCCUCUUGCUUGCCAAGUUCAUCGCCUUGACAACCAACUUCUCUUACAUAGGCGUCGGGGUCUUAGAGAACUUAUGCUAA